AUGGUGUUAGAUCUGGAUCUUUUCCGUUCGGACAAAGGCGGAGACCCCGAAAUAGUAAGAGAAACACAGGCGAAGAGGUUCAAAGACGUGUCCCUUGUGGAUAAACUGGUACAUGCGGAUGCCGAAUGGAGAAAAUGCCGCUUCACAGCGGAUAAUCUGAAUAAGGUGAAGAACUUGUGCAGCAAAGCCAUUGGGGAGAAGAUGAAGAAGAAGGAGCCACUAGGAGAUGACGACUCCCUUCCUGAAGAUGCAGAGAAUUUGGAGGGCCUGACCGCAGACAUUUUGUCGGCCCUUACGGUGACCCAGAUCAAGAAGAUCCGGCUGCUGGUGGAUGAAGCGGUGCAGAAGGGGGACUGCGAGCGCCAGCAGCUGGAAGCUGAGCGCUUCGAGUACCUGCGUGAGAUCGGCAACUUGCUGCACCCCUCUGUGCCCAUCAGCAACGAUGAGGAUGCAGAUAACAAGGUGGAGAGGACCUGGGGUGACUGCACAGUACAGAAGCGAUACUCGCACGUGGACCUAGUGGUCAUGGUGGACGGAUUCGACGGGGACAAGGGAGUCGUGGUGGCCGGCAGCCGAGGCUACUUCCUCAAGGGUCCACUGGUGUUCCUUGAACAAGCCCUGAUAAACUUCGCCCUGAGGGUUCUGCAUAGCAAGAAUUACACGCCACUCUACACGCCCUUCUUCAUGAGGAAGGAGGUCAUGCAGGAAGUUGCUCAGCUCAGCCAGUUUGAUGAAGAACUCUACAAGGUGAUUGGAAAAGGCAGCGAGAAGUCCGACGACACCAGCCUGGAUGAGAAGUACCUGAUCGCCACGUCGGAGCAGCCCAUCGCAGCCUUCCUGCGAGAGGAGUGGCUGAACCCGGAGGAUCUGCCCCUGCGCUUCGCCGGUAUCUCCACCUGCUUCCGGCAGGAGGUGGGCUCGCACGGGAGAGACACUCGCGGCAUCUUCCGCGUGCACCAGUUCGAGAAGAUUGAGCAGUUUGUUUACGCCUCUCCUCAUGACAACAAGUCCUGGGCAAUGUUUGACGAGAUGAUUGGCACCGCGGAGGAGUUCUACCAGUCCCUGGGGAUCCCGUACCGCAUCGUCAACAUCGUCUCAGGUGCCCUGAAUCACGCAGCCAGUAAGAAGCUGGACCUCGAGGCCUGGUUUCCAGGUUCCUCUGCCUUCCGCGAGUUGGUGUCCUGCUCAAACUGCACAGACUACCAGGCACGGCGGCUGCGGAUCCGCUACGGGCAGACAAAGAAGAUGAUGGACAAGGCUGAGUAUGUGCACAUGCUGAAUGCCACCAUGUGUGCCACUACGCGGGUUAUCUGUGCUAUCCUGGAAAACUGCCAGACGGAGGAGGGCAUUGUGGUUCCUGAAAAGCUCCGCAACUUUAUGCCCCCAGGGUUGACGGAGAUCAUCCCAUUUGUGAAGCCAGCACCUAUAGAUCAGGAGCCAUCCAAGAAGCAGAAGAAGCAGCAGGAUGGUGGGAAGAAGAAGAAGCAGGCACAGGCGGACCAGGAAAUUCAAAGCCAAGUGGAGAAUAUGUCUGUCAACGACUCAUAGGGCAACCCUUUCCAUUCCCCUCCUUGCCAGAAGAACCCAGGGGGGUCAGCCUUUAUUUCCUGAUGUCAUAGAAGUACAGUGGCCAAAUCAUUGCAUUUAUGGUCCACCAGGGGGCACCACAUACCAGUGGCUCUUAAGUUAAACUAUGGACUAGGCUCAAUGGACGGUAAAAAAAUAGGUGUCUACUUAUUGCAUGCUUACACCUGAUGGAGGUUAAGUGUCCAACAGCAUCAGUGUUGUAAGUGAACCUUGUCCUUGUUAAAACAGUCACCUGCCACCCCCAUUGAGUGUAGUCCCAUGGCACUGGCUUUUCACCAUCUGCUUGGUUAACUGUUACUUUGAAGACUUAGAUGACGUCUUACAAACACACCUGCCCUCCCCGUCUUUAAUAUCAUGGUUGGCUUUUAUCGCGCUUCCUAUCCUGUCACUUUCUUCCAAAUGUCUUACAUCUCCAUAACUUGUGAAGGGAAUUGUACCAGUAUAUUCUUGGUCUGGUGGUCACUCUGCUGUAUUUUUUGGCUAUAUACAGCUUUUCUGGGGCUGCAGUGCAAUUUCAUAACAUAAUAAAAUUACCCCUCAACCAUAAAA